GGGCCCUCCUGAGAUGGUGCAGCGAGGUACGGGGCAGCCUCUCCUGCAGUGUCCAACCAUGCAGUGCCCCCACGGUGGAGAAGGGGUGGCCACUAAAGUGCCCUGGGACAGUCGCCAGCUGGGCCUGACCCUGAGCAAACCCACGCAGCCCUCUGAGCUCCCCAGACCCUCCCCAGCCUCUGCCCACUUUAGAGUAAGGGAGGAUCUGAACCCGGCUCCCUCGGCUGGUGUGAAGCAGCACUCCACGGCCCUGUAUCCCUGCGGCGGCACAGGAACAGCCCCCGAGCUGCAAGAGAAGCCAGGUGGCCAGAGAACCCCGCCCCGGGGAGAGCUGCAGACACCAGGAGGCUGCUGGGUCCUUGCGGAACCUUAAAAAGACCUGCUGAGUACAGGGACGGCGACCUCCCCCAGGCAGCAGACGGGACAGCCAACAGCACGUCCCUGGCGGCCACUGGGCACAGGAGCUCCCCAAGUAACCUCACAGAGACCCGCGGCCUGGGAGGCGACGGGGGUUCCGCCCAGCGUGCCAGCCACAGAGCCUUGCUCAAAGGUGCUGGAGGGCAGCUGCCUGGGGCGCCCCCUGGCCACUCCUGCCAGGACCGAGCCCUCCCUGGGUCCACCCAGGGCCGUUCAGGCGGCCAGCUUCUCUGGCAAGGACAGCGACCCUCGGCUCCUCAACGAGUGUGCACACCGGAAGUGCUACAGCCCCAUCUCCCACACGCCAUCCGCCAGACCCGCGGUCUCCAGGCCCCGACCCUGGGGACGGCUUAGCUCAACAUGCAGGCAGUGACAGGAGAGCCAGUCACCCCCGAUCCUGCUGCCAUCCCACAAGCCGCCCUGACCCCUAGGCAAGCUCGGAACCCGCCAGCCCCACGCCACCCGGCUGGGCUCCGUGGUCCCGGGCUCCACCAGACUGGGGGCUGUCCAACCUUCAGGCCCAGCCCUCCAGCUCUGCCGCUGGCCCCGGUUCUCCAGGCACCAUGUGACGACCAGCCCUACCGAGGACACGAAGGCCUGGCAAGGACCCAGGUGGCUCUGCCCCCGCGGGCCUGGGUGAGGCCCCACCUCCCAACCAACACUGCACUUUGUGCCAAACCCGACUGCGCCAGGCCCGUGGGGGCCGCGGGCCCUUCCUCCUCCUGUACUCUUCCUGGGGGGCAGACUGGGAUUUCCAAUCCCACCCCAACGAUGCCAGAUCCACGCAGCAGUGAUUCUCGGCCGGGGGCACUGCGUCCCCAAGGGGACAUCUGGCAACGGGGGCUGCCACGGCUGGGCGAAGGGGACGGAGCAUCGAGCAGGCAGGCGCCACGCACGCUGUGACACACAGCGAGGCCCCCAGCAGAGCCACCGGCCAGAUGUCACCCAGGCGGAGAGAACCUGAUCUGAGGGCAGCUGGCCAGACCCCCGGGAGCCAGAGCAGGCCCCAGACUCCUGAUGCAGGUCACCUUACCUGUCAGUCACAGGGAUAUAGAGACAAGCCACUGCCGCUGUCUCCCGGGCGGGCGGACGCCAGACACGGUGUCGAAGGGCCCUGCCCCACGCUGCGUGGCUUUGGUGCCUGUCCCCACCAGCCUGUGGGCAGAGACCACGGCCUACGUCUCUGCGUCCCCACCGCCUGGCCCGGCAUCCGGAGUUCAGAAAUGGGAGGAGGGCAGGGAGAGGCUCUGCCACCUCUCUCCACGGGACGUCACGCCCUCCACAGCCUCAGCACCGGCAUGCCCGGGACCCAGGAGCCACAGCUCAGGGAUCAACAGCCUGGCCUGUGCCCAGCUCCCCUGCGUCCCCAGGGCUGGCGCAGCACAGGGACAACACGGUUCCCAGAAGCUCCUCCGAGCGCUGGGCCUGCUGUCCUGUUGCAGGGUGAGAGAGACAGGCGUGGCCCUGCCCCUGAGCCCAAGGUGCCGCAGGGGAAGACCUGGACCAGCACCGAUGGCCGCAGCCAGGGCCUCCGCGGGGGACAGGGAGCAGCCCUGGAGGGCAGCCUGGGCCCAGCUGGGGAUGCCGGGGACUCCAUCCUGUGGGCUGCUGCUCCUUGAAACAGUGAAGAGGGCCGGGACGCGCAGCGAGAGCAGAGUGCCCAGGACAGAGGGCGGCAGAGGCGGCAGCGCAGCUCCUCCAUCUGGGUCCCCAGAAUCACGUGCUGGAGCCCAGCCACGGGGUCAGGAGGCGGGGCCUGGGGUCACAGUCAGGAGGUGGAGCCCUCUCAGUGAGAUCAGGCAACACAGGCUGGCCAGACUGCCAGGCCCACGGCCAUCGGGGGAGCUGGGGCUCCAGCCGGGCGACGGCUGCGGCCUGUGCCCUCAGCCGCUGCAGCUGGCUCUGUGCUGCCUGGAAACCCGCGGGGGCCUUGAGGACCCCCAGGAGCUGGAGGGGCAGGACCCCUGAAGGCGUCAUGGCAAGAGGGAAGCUUGGGGGCCAGCAGACAAGGCGGUCUGGCCGGCGGUGCCCAGGGAAGGCCAACUUCACUGCCCGCAGGGCCUCCACAGCACCCUCACUUCCGGGUCUGCAACAGUUGGGACCUGGACUGUCCCCGAAAGGCCCACAUAUUGGUGCUACUGGGACAGAGGCCCCUUUAAGAGGUGGGGCCUGAGGGAAGGAGCUCAGGUCAUGGAGGGCAUGACCCUGACCGGGAUGCUGAGAUCCUGGCCCCUUCCUUUUUCUGGCUUUGCUUCCGGACCACCGUGAGAUGGGAGUUUCUCCCAUCACACAGAACGCGGUGAUGUGCUAACUUCACACAGGCCCAAAGGGAGGGACCCAA